CUUUUUAGUACCUUUGGAUUCCCAACUGCUCGUACGCUGGUAAGGAAUCAUGGCUGUUGGAAAGAACAAGAGACUCUCCAAGGGCAAGAAGGGCCUUAAGAAGAAGACCGUGGACCCUUUCACCCGAAAGGACUGGUACUCUAUCAAGGCUCCUAACCCCUUCAACAUCCGAGAUGUUGGCAAGACUCUUGUGAACCGAACAACCGGUCUCAAGAACGCGAACGAUGCUCUGAAGGGCCGCAUCGUUGAGGUCUCGCUCGCCGACCUCCAGAAGGAUGAGGACCACUCAUUCCGCAAAGUUCGCCUCCGUGUCGAUGAGGUCCAGGGCAAGAGCUGCCUGACCAACUUCCACGGACUGGACUUCACAUCCGACAAGCUCCGAUCCCUUGUCCGCAAGUGGCAGACUCUCAUUGAGGCCAACAUCACCGUCAAGACCACCGAUGACUACCUCAUCCGCCUCUUCGCCAUUGCCUUCACCAAGCGACGCCCCAACCAGAUCAAGAAGACCACCUACGCUGCUUCUUCCCAGAUCCGCGCCAUUCGACGCAAGAUGACCGACAUCAUCCAGCGCGAGGCUUCCAGCUGCACCCUCACCCAGCUGGUUUCCAAGCUGAUCCCCGAAGUUAUCGGCCGUGAGAUCGAGAAGUCCACCCAGGGCAUCUACCCCCUGCAGAACGUCCACAUCCGCAAGGUUAAGCUGCUGAAGUCGCCCAAGUUCGACCUGGGUGCCCUGAUGGCUCUCCACGGUGAAUCCGGCACUGAUGACCAGGGCCAGAAGGUCGAGCGGGAGUUCAAGGAGCGUGUUUUGGAGGAGGUCUGAAAAGGGUUAUUUGUAGAGAGAUGAAGGCGCAGGGAGCCCUGCGAGUGCUAGAUUCGCGCCUGGCCGUUUUCCCAGUCAUUUUACAUGGAGUAACAACCCAUAGGCGGGUAGGGAGGUUAGGUAAUGUCCCUAUGAUAUAUUAAAAGACACUCGGAUUGCUUCUACCCCCUAUGUGUGCUUGAAUGGACCUUUGGCAAAAAGCAAGUUUUUUUGGAUGAGGAACUGUCCUGUAAAUAUGUGGCAAAAUACUAGCUGUUCGAAUACUGGAUGGAAUAGACUGU